AUGCUUAUUUUCAAUCCGCAGGAAUAUGAAGUAGAACCAUACCCCAUACAAAACCUUACAUCUGAAAUUCUGAGCUAUCUUCAGCCUCUUCCUGAAGGCCGCCGGUCUGGCUUUUCUGAGAAGUCCAUAUUGAUGAAGAAGCUUCCAACGGAGAUAAUUGAGCACAUCUGCCUCCAUCUCCACCCGUUUGCUGGCCCUGGGGUGGCAUGCACCUACGAAUUAUCACCAAAUAUCUGGCGUGAUCUUCUAUUCCGUCAACAGCUUCUUCCAUGGCUCUGGGAUCUAGAUCCAGCCAUCCUCGAAAGUCAGCCAUUACAACAUAGUAACAGCCAACCUUCAUACUCUAAAGAUGACUUCUGGGACUGGGAGCAACUCGUCCGGAAGCUUGCUCAAGUGGAGGCCUUCGAGCCAGGAAAUUCGUUAGAAAAUGCUCCACUACGCAUAAGAAAUCGAAAAAGGAUAUGGAGGCUGUUAGAUGAAGGCAGACGUUUUCAUAUAGAGGAUUGGAGAUGGGAUGGAAAGUACCAGAAAGAGCUUGACCUGUUUACGAACGUUGCGAGGCAUCCGGUUUGA